AUGUUAGCUGGGCAGGUUAGUAGAGCAGUCAAGGCCAGAAAGGAACUCACAAAGGUUGUAAACUGUCUGACUUCACAAAGUGAGAUUGGUGGCCCCAGGGCAUGCAUGUAUCUGCUAAACCAUCCAAACCACUACACCAGCCACUUAUUCCAAAGUGAAGCCAAGGUCAUUGGAGUUAACACUGUGAUGGACUACAUAUACAGACCUGAGAAGUAUGAGUCAGUAUGCUUGUAUGACUGGGUAAGGAGCUCAGUGAAAGGUAAGAUGUCCAAGAGAAUAGCUGAAGGCAAUGAAAGAGAGGGAGAGUUUCUUUGGAUAGGUCAAAAUUUGAAGUUUCUGAUAAAGUGGAACCUUGGAGAUCAGACCUGGAUAUCCAAAUCAGAGGCAAAUCAUUUGGAGGCCCUUGACAUAUACCUAGACAAGCUUGGUGCAAGAUUCACAGAAGACUAUCCACAACAUAGUACACAUCAUGUACACAUGUGCAUAGAGGCAGAAGCCAAAGUCCCAGACUUUAUUGGUGGAGCAUUACCUAGAAAGGAUAAAGGCAACAGAGAAGAUUAUUGCAUGACCAUGCUCACUCUGUUCAAGCCCUGGCGCACUGGCAAAAAUCUCAAGUCAGAAGAGAACGGCUGGAAUGAUAUCUUUACUGAUUAUUCAUUUACACCAAGACAAUCAGAGCUCAUGAAAUUCUUCCACAUGCGCUAUGAGUGUAAUGAUGCCAGAGAUAACAAUGCUGCAGCCAGAAAGAAGGGCCUUGCCUCAGGUGAUAUGCCAUCUAAUAUAGAUGAGGAUAUACAAGAGAAUCUGAAUAAUCUUUACUAUGGUGAUGAAUUGCUUGACCAACUUGGUGAAGAGCAGCUUACUGAGAUAGCGGUGUUAUUUCCUGUGUUGUAUGUGAUGCUACAGCUUCUCUGCCCUAUCAUCAUUCUUCUCUUCCAUAUCUCUAUAUCCUGA